AUGGAGAAUCAGAGUGUGUCUGAAUUCAUCUUGGUGGGCUUUUCCAUUGGUCGUCAAACUGAAAUCCUUCUCGCCUUUGUCUUUUUGGCUUUGUACAUGACAUCACUUCUGGGUAACAUGGUCAUUCUCUUCCUUGUGGUGGGUGACAGCCGGCUCCACACACCCAUGUACUUCUUUCUCGGAAACUACUCUGUGCUUGAUAUCCUCUUCACCUCAGUUAUCAGCCCACAGCUGUUAUGGAACCUCUUUUCCAAUGACAAGUCCAUCUCUUUUGUUGGCUGCAUGACCCAGUCCUAUUUUUACUUUUUCCUGGGCACGGUGGAGUUCCUUCUAAUGACCUCCAUGUCCUACGACCGCUAUGCUGCCAUAUGCAAACCUCUGCAGUAUCAUGCCAUUAUGAAUGGACAGGUGUGUGCCCAGAUGGUGCUGGGGAGUUGGCUGGGUGGGUUCCUCUCAGUCCUCUUUCCGACCAUCAUGAUUACUAGGUUGUCCUUCUGCAAGUCCAAUGUCAUCGACCACUUCUUUUGUGACAGUGGUCCCCUGUUGAGUCUGUCAUGCACCGAUACCCGAUUCAUAGAGCUGAUGGACUUUCUGCUGUCGUCUUUCAUCAUCAUUUGCUCCUUGAUCCUGAUAUUUGUCUCCUACAUGUACAUCAUCUCAGCAAUCAUGCGCAUUGCCACCACCACCGGUCGGGCAAAAGCCUUCAACACUUGCACCGCGCAUUUGACCAUCAUCUCCAUCUCCUGCAGCAUCAGCAUCUUCAUUUAUGUCACGCCUUCUCAGAAAGAGACCUUAGAGAUUCACAAAGUGCCUGCUAUUCUCACCACAAUAGUUUGCCCGCUUCUGAACCCUUUCAUCUUCACGCUGAAAAAUGACACCGUGAAGCAAGCCAUGAAGGAUGCAACGAGACGGUUCAGGGAAUUGACUGCUCACAAAGUUUUGGGUUUUUGGAGAAAGAAGAGCUCUUUUUUUGUGAAACUGGCCUUGUGA